GUGCCCCCUCCCCUCCCUUUUUCGAGCUUGUCUCUGAACACGGACAUACUCAGGAGGCAAAAAUAGCGCCGUUUCCUUUUAUUUUUCUCGUAUUUUGCAUAAGAGACGCCUGGACACAGUGUCCAAAGCUCGCCAUGGCUCCUGUGAGUCGGCUCUUGCGGCACUUGGACGGCUAAUGUCACCGGGCUAAAAAUGGAGACCACCGGUGCUAACUUCCGGUCGUUAGCAUGAAGGCGGCAGAAACAGGUCUGCCAUGCUGCUGAGGUUCUCCAUCUCUCUACUUAUCUUUGUGCCAGCUUUCCUGGUGCUGGGUGACACCACAGAUUCACCCAAGAAGAGCCCUGCUGCCUCGACAAGCUCGCCACCUCGCCCUCCAUCACCCCUGGGUGACCCCAGCUGGGCCCUGGGUCUGCGGCUGUACAAGGCCAUCCGCUCCUCUGAUUCCGGCUCAGUCAACACCCUCCUCUCCCCUUUACUCCUGGCCUCUUCCCUGGUGGCACUGGGUGAAGGGUCUGCCGGUAGCACUUCCAGCCAGCUCCAGGACCUCCUCAAGACCUCUGUUCCUUCCAAGAGUGCAGCACAGGCAGGGGAAUUUCUAUCUGGGGCACUGAAAAGCCUCACAGAGGCCAAUGGGACCAGCUUCCAUCUGCGUAGCUCCUCGACAGUCUUCUCCAAGCAGGCUCCUCCGGUCGACCUGGCCUUUGUAAAGGAGAGCCAGUCCAGGUUUGGGCUGCAGCACCAGCCGCUGGGGAAAGGAGAUGCCAAAGCUGACCUGAAGCAGUUCCAUGCUUGGGCAAAGGCUGGCCUGGGCGGUCUGGAGGCUGCUCCUCUGGGGACUGCGAUCCAGGCCAACGCUGGAGCCCUGAUACUGGCAAAUGCCCUGCACUUCAAAGGGUUGUGGGAACGCGAGUUCAGUGGGGAGAGCGCGGAUCGUCGUACCUUCCUGGGAUACAAAUACACCAAAGUUGUGAUGAUGCACAGAACAGGUUUGUACCGCCACUAUGAGGACAUUGAGAACAUGGUGCAGGUUUUAGAGAUGGGCCUUUUUGGAGGCAAGGCCAGCCUGGUGCUCCUGCUGCCCUUCCAUGUGGAGAGUUUGACCAGACUGGACAAGGUGCUGACCUUGGAGCUGCUCACCAACUGGCUGGAGAAGACCACUGACACCAGUAUGGCCAUCUCACUGCCCAAAGCUAAUAUCACCAGCACGCUCAGUCUGCAGAAAGCAUUGACUGCUCUGGGCUUAACCGUCCCCUGGGACCAGAAGAUGGCGGAUUUUUCCGGGGUGUCAGCUAAGAGCCAGGGGAAGGUCCACCUGGGCAGCGUCCUCCAUUGGGCUUCCCUGGAGCUGGUGGCCAAGGCCGGUGAAGGAGACACUGAUCUGGAGGAUGAGAAUGUAGGGAAGCCCAAGUUGUUCUACGCUGAUCACUCCUUCAUUGUCCUAGUCAGGGACAACGUGAGUGGAGCCCUGCUGCUUAUGGGUGCCCUGGACCACGCGGAGGGAGAGGCCCUGCACGAUGAGCUAUAGGACUAUUUCAAGGACUCCCUUCUCUUUGGGUGUUUUGUCUCAUAUAUGUUUCUUGACAAUGACUCCACACUGGUUUGUAAGCUGAGACAUUGUCAUUCACUGUGGCACACUAUCAUGUCAAGACUAUGGGUGGCUGUCAUACAUUGACACUGUGUGGUCUCACUCAUUGGUACUGACACUGGUGUGCCCAACACACACACACACACACACACACACACACACACUUUCACAGCUCACAUGAAUGAAAAUACUGUACAAGACAUUACUAAAAAUUGACAGAAAUACCAAAAACACACACUUAGAAAGAUCUGACACUAGCACAGAGUCAGUCUCUCUCUCUCUCCCCCCUCUUUUUUCUUCUCCCUCUCUCCUGCACACACAUGCACACACACAGACACACGAGGCCUUAUUGAGCAAGUCAACACAAAACAAACUGACAAACAAGAGUGCACUGACAAACACUAACAUGCUGACAAGCAGAAGUGGUUACAGUGACAAACAGUUGAACAGCAGCAACAACACGGAACUUUAACGAACAGAGGCUCACAGUGACACUUGAGUCCCCCGUCUGACAAACAACUGGGCAGGUGUGUGCAUGUGUGCGUGUGUGUGUGUGUGGUAAUGGGCAGUUCAAGGGUGCCUAGGUGGCUUCUCUCUGAGCUGGCAGGGGCCUGUGGCGGCUCCCCUGGGCUGCAUCUGAGGAAGACUGAUGGAUCGGCCGAGUGCUUAUUGAUGGGCCAGCUUAAUGCUAAUGGCCGUAAUGAGUCACAACGCCUGUCAACAACAUGGAGGGGACGGGGAACCUUUUAAUCUCUUAAUACCACCAGGGAUCAAUGGGGGUCCCGGCCUCUGCCCUGAUACUGUUCCGCCUUUCAAAGUGUGACUCACAUCACUUGACUUCAAUGUAACAAUUUGAUUUUUAUGAUUAUUACAGCAAUCAGCAGCUGUAUUGAUUGUCAUUUGUUUUUUUUAAUAUAGCAUCAUUACAGCCCCAUUAAUGUUACAGUUGCCAAAUGAGUGAUUAUAAUGAAUAAGCAAGAAUAGCUA